AUUAGCAACAAAAAAUGCUUGCGUUGAAGCAGGUUUAAAUUUGUUGGGCAUGAUUAACGAGCCAACAGCUGCUGCUCUUGCUUAUGGUCUAGAAGAAAAGUUUCAAGAAAAAAAGAAUAUUCUUAUAUUUGACCUAGGUGGUGGCACCACUUUUGACGUUACGGUGCUCACUGUAGAAAACAGCAAUUUUAAUGUUAAAUCAACUUCUGGUAACUGCCAUUUAGGUGGGGAAGAUUUUAACAAUCUUUUAGUUACGUAUGUAGUCAAUGAAUUUAAAAACAAGCAUAAAAUAGACUUGACAACAAACAAAAGAGCUGUUUGUCGAAUUCGUGCAAAAUGCGAAGAAGCCAAACGAUUUCUUUCUUCAACUUUUGAUACUACUAUUAUAAUUGAUUCAAUUUAUAAAAACAUUGAUUUGGAAAUUGUUAUCACUCGAGAUUGUUUUGAAAAACUUUGUCAUGACCUUUUUAAUUUAACAUUGGAAUCGGUGAAAAAUGCACUACAAGAUGCAAAUCUUGAAAAAAAUGAAAUAGACAAUAUUCUUCUCAUUGGUGGUUCAACUCGUAUUCCUAAAGUGCAAGAGUUGUUGAAAGAUUUUUUUGACGGCAAAAAUUUAUCUAAAUCUAUAAACCCUGAUGAAGCUGUAGCUUAUGGAGCAGCAAUCCACGCUGCAUUUCUUCAUAAGCAAGCUAACGACACAUUGAUUCCAAUGCUUCAAAACCUCCAACUUACUGAUGUCACACCAUUUUCGAUUGGCACUGAUUUUGGUAAAGAUGACAAAAUGGAUUUUGUUAUUAAACGAAAUUCAAAAAUUCCCUCUAAAUCAUCACAAACAUAUAUAACUGUUAAUGAUAANUUGUUAGGUUUUUUUAAAAUUGAUGGAAUCCCUCCUGCUCCAAUUGGUAAAGAAAAAGUUGAUGCUACUUUUGAAAUUGAUAACAACGGAAUACUUAAUGUUACAGCA